UCCUCAUUAUUCCACCGUGAGCAAAGCGAGAGAGCCCAACCCGAGGGGAGUCUCUGCUAGCCAGCGGGUCUGUUGAGAUUUGCCUGCUGACCCCCAUCCUCACCAGAGAUGGAGCCCAGGACAUCCCUCUACCUCGUGCUCAUCUUCAUUGCCUGGGGUGCCUGCUCCCAGGAGAAUUGUCUCUGCACCCGUGGCUUUUGUGCUGAAGGCUGGGUGCAGUAUCAAGAUGCCUGCUAUAACGCUGUGAUGAAACCGACGAAGUGGCCCGAAGCUGAGGUGGCAUGUCAAAGCCUUGGCAGGAACUCCCAUCUGGCCUCCAUCCACAGCGCAGAGGAAAAUGAUUUCAUCUUUCACCUGAUGGGCAAGCCGCUGGAUUACACUAAAGGGCAGGCCUACUGGAUCGGCGCACACGACACUUUCAAGGAGGGGUCUUUCAUGUGGACGGAUGGUUCCAAAUACAGUUUCAAGACAUUUCCUGCAGACCAGCCCGAUGGCCUCCCGGGAGAAAACUACCUGGGCUCCUGGAUCCUGGAAAACGGCUUUGUCACCUGGAACGACUUUGACGGCAGCUGGUCCUUCCCAUUCGUUUGCAAAUACACCCUGCGGAACAGCUUCAGGGACCAAUCCUGGUAACAGGAUGUGGUGGAAGACAUGGCCUGUAUCCUGCAGUGGAGGCUGCGUCACCUUCCUAUGCUGUAGCUUCACAUCUGGAACCAAUUACUGCUGUGUCCUUAUCCCGUCUUUUGUGUCCUUGGUAGAACUGGGCAAAUAACAGGUCUUGGGGUUUGCUGAGAAUUCUGAAAAAUUGGGGGGGGGGGGGGGGGUAAAUGUUUAAAAAAUAUUCUGCAAAUGGAGAAGUGGGGGAAUCAUUUUGCACCAGACAAAAAUUUUGUUUUGAGUGUGACCAUUUAAAAACUUUGUUUGUUUGUAAUCAAACUAAAGGCCAUUUCAAAAGGAAAAGUAGUUUCAGACCAAACACGCCAAACGUUUAGAUUUGUUCUGGGUUGGUUUUUAGUUUUGACAGAUACACUUUAGUGAAGCCAAAACAAUUCACCAAAUGGUUCGGUUUCACCAAAUCUGCAUUUUUCACCGGAAAAGGGGCUGGUCUGAAAAAUGUCACCCAACUGGAUUCCCCCUCGGUCCCAGCUGGCGGGCGCCUGCUGGGAGCCACUUUCCAAUGGGAACCCGCAGCAGGCCUGAGGCAGGGGGAACAAGGGUCACAAUCUCUUUGGACUCCAGAGCCACCCAGCUGUACACUGCGCUCUCACUGGCAUGGCAUCAUUCGGCGAUUCUGCUGAUACAAGCUUAGCGAGCUCCCUGCUCCGAUCCCUGCUUGUCUUUCUCCCUCCCCUUCCUCCUGCUUUAUACAUGUACCAGGUCAUUCAUACAAAUGUUCUGGGCCAAAACAAAAUGAUCAAUAAAAAAGCUGCGCGCCCAGAGAA